UUUUCAAGACGAAGUCGUAGUCAUUCGAGCGCUUGAAUCAUCAAGCGAAGAUAUCACUGAAGAGAGAGUCAAAAGAAAAGAUUAAAAAUGGAUCCAGCACUUUUGAAAGAAAGGAAAGCUUUCUUAGACAGAGCAAAAGCACAGCCUACGGUUGAAAAGCGGAAGAAACCAAAAAUUGAAAAUGAUGACAGAUCAGCCAAAAAGUCAAAAUCUUCUCAUUUUUCUCGACCAAAGCCUUCAGAAAGUAAUAGUGUUCCGAAAAAUAAUAGCUUUGACUACAAAAAAAUGCAAGGUAGUUCCCAGUACAAGUUUGGUAUUCUAGCAAAAAUAGUGAAAUAUAUGCGAGACAGACAUCAGAAUGGCGAGAGACAUUCUCUGGCUAUAGAUGAGAUUCUGGAUGAGACAAAUCAACUGGAUGUUGGCACAAAAAUGAGGCAUUGGCUUAUUACAGAGGCUUUAUUGAAUAAUCCGAAAGUAAAGGUGGUGGAUGGAGGACAAAAGUAUCUGUUUAGGCCUACAUAUGAAAUCAAAGACAGGAAAGGUUUCCUUAACUUACUCAAACGACACGAUUUACAUGGGAUGGGAGGACUCCUCAAAGAAGAUAUAGAUGAGUCCUUUGGUACUGCAAACACAGAAAAGGCUUUGAAAGCACUUGGUGAAAAUGUAGUUGUAGUGACCCGACCAACAGAUAAAAAACAGGUUCUAUUUUACAAUGAUAAAUACUGUCGUUACACUGUGGAUGAAGAGUUUAGGAAACUUUGGAGAGGUGUUUCUGUAGAUGGUUUAGAUGAGAAAAAGAUUGAGGAGUACUUAGAGAAACAAGGCAUUACAUCUAUGCAGGACACUGGCCUACGAAAAGCUGCUCCUAUACAGAAGAGGAAGAAAGGGGGAGGCAGAAAAACAUUCAAGAAAUUGAAUGAACAUUUGGAAGGCGUUCUUGAGGAUUACUCUGAAAAUCCGAAAGUAUCUUAAUACUGUGUACUAUGAAGGGUUCUAAUCUCAAAAAAUCUAUUUUUUAUAGAAAGCUGAAUGCUCCCUUACAGUUUCCUGACUAUUCAACUGAUGCAAGGUGACAUGAAUGUUAAAAGGACCUUUAAUUUUGUUACAUCAUACAGUAAAGAUCUCGAGGAAAUUCAAUAAGUUAGAAUUAAUGCACAUUGCAUUCGAUAGUGAAAUCCUUGAUAUCCUAGGGAUGUCUGUCCCAGUAUACAGUUUCCAGGAAACUAUAAUUACAAUCAGUUUUAAUAAAUUGAUUUAAAGCUAAG